AUGGACGCCGUCACCCGCUCAUUUGUCGUCUUAGUGUUGGUGCUAUUGAGCGCCUCGACCAACCCAGCAAUCGCUGCGAAGGAAUGCUCGCCAAGCGUGAGUCGUGUCGUCAAGAACGCUCUGGACGACAAAAUGCUCUUCAAGUCUUGCUCUGCAGCCAACGCGAACUCGGGAGCCAACAUCACCUCGCUCUCGGACGUACUCAACCUCUCCGAACGCGACUUCCUGACCUUCUGCCGGACGCCCAACUGCAUCAAACCGGUGGAGACAUUGCUGCAUUCGAUCCCGAGCCCCUGCCGGAACCUGACAGAAGAAGUUUCAACGGCAGCCAGCAAGUGCACUGCAGUCACGAAAGCAGCAGACAAGCAAGACGAAGAGUACAUGUACAAAUAG